GUUAAAAUUGAGGAAUAUUGAGAUGUUGAGGUGUGCCUGGCAAAAUGUUGGAUACACAAGACAGUGACGAAGAUAAACAGAAUGUACUUGUUGCAAAAAUAGACAAUGUGAAGAAUGUAUCACAGCUUUUGAAAGCAGUACAUUUUAAAGAGAGUGCAGUGGUGGUGGUCACAUCUGAUGGAUUGAAAGUUACAGUGGAAGACAGCAAGUGUGUGCAGGCAAAUGCAUUCAUACAAGCUGACAUGUUCCAGCAAUUUGUGCUCAGUCAAGAGACAUUGUCCUUCAAGAUAAACCUGUCAGUGCUGCUAGAGUGCCUGAACAUUUUUGGCUCUGGCGGUACAGCAGGUGCCACCACAGCUCUCAAGAUGUGCUAUGCGGGAGACGGUCAUCCACUCGUAAUUGUGCUAGAGGAGAGCGGCGUGCUCACAGACUGCUCCAUCAAGACGCAACUGCCGGAGGACACGAUGGAUUUCAACUUCAACAGCUCCGAUGUAGUCAACAAAACAAUCAUCAGGUCUGACUGUCUGCGGGAGGCGCUGGCGGAGAUGGACGGCGACUGUGACCUGAUGGAGCUGGUGUUUUGUCCCACUCCGCCGUUACUGCAGUUCGCCGCUGUCGGAGCCGGCAUCGAGUCCAAGGUAAUAGUAAUAGUGUUCUGCCCCACUCCACCACUGCUGCAGUUCGCCGCUGUCGGAGCCGGCAUCGAGUCAAAGGUGGAGGUGGCGGGCGACUCGGACCUGGUCGAGCUGUUCCAGUGCCCGCGCACCAGCACCAGCCGCUACCGGCUCGCCCUGAUGAAGCUCUCCCUGAAGCCGCUCGCCCAGUCGCAGAAGGUGUCGCUGCGCACGGACGCGCGCGGCUUCCUCUGCCUCCAGUACAUGAUCAAAACGGACGACGGACACAUCUGCUUCGUCGAGUUCUUUUGCUCGCCAGAAGAGGAUUGAACACAGCUGAAGCUACCAUUGUUAUCUUUGUUGUUCAUUCAUGAGUCGUCAUUGUAUAUUAUCUCCAUAACAUUCCAUGUUUUUAUAUGAACACGCAAUAUAUGAUCCGUUACUUGUA